AUGCCUGUGUUCAUCGGGGUGCUGCUUGUCAGAAGCUCUCUUGGGGCUUGGUUUUCUAAACACAGCUUCAGGUUUCAAUUACGUGUUGAAAUACUAUCUGGCUUCCAAAACAACCUGCAAAUUAAUUGCUUCUCUUUGUUACAGACAAACCUCCCAAUCUUCAAAUUGAAGGAGUCGUGUGUGAGGAGACGAUACAGCGACUUUGAAUGGCUGAAGAAUGAGCUGGAACGAGACAGUAAGAUUGUAGUGCCACCGCUGCCUGGAAAAGCUUUGAAACGACAGCUUCCCUUUCGAGGAGACGAAGGCAUCUUUGAGGAGUCCUUCAUUGAGGAGCGGAGACAGGGACUAGAACAGUUUAUUAACAAAAUUGCUGGACACCCACUGGCACAGAACGAGCGCUGCUUACAUAUGUUCCUGCAAGAGGAGACUAUUGAUAGGAAUUACGUCCCAGGGAAAGUGCGCCAGUAGGAGCACCUGGCACUGUCUUCCUCCAUUCCACCCUCCCUCCUGCAAAAAUGACAUUUAUUUUUACACUAAAUCUGUCUUCUCUGAACCAGCU